CACCUGUCCUAUCUAUUGUAGUACAGCUACAAAACUUUCCCGCAAGUCCCAUGACAGAUGACGUCACCAGGAAUGCGGGGCAUGAUGGAUUGACCUGGAUAACGAGAGAGAAAAAUAAAGUCUGUGACAAACAAUAACGAGAGAUUGAUUGCGGGGAUUAACUGUCGGGUGUCGGUAUCAUUUAUUUCAGCCGCCAUGUCUGUGCUAUUUUGCUGCCGCUGUGUUUUUCCAUCCGAAGACACCGACGAGAGACAGCCCCUACUGCACCCCAAGCUUCCAGAAUCAGAGAAGCCAGUUUCGGCCAGACAGCCUCGACCAGCACCCAUAGUGAGUCGGAGUGGUCAGUUGGUCCCGAAGCGUGUGGGUGUGAAGGACUUGGACCAGCGGUUCUCUGAUGUGACCGAGACAUUCAACCAACAACAUGACAGCUAUAAUGUCAUGAAGGAACGUAUCAUAUCUCUUCGCCGCACUUACAACUGUAGCAACGACAGCACCCUGACUCUGACCGAGUGUGUGAGGAAGAUCAAGGAGGAAUACGAGGACAGCUACAGGGUAACCGUGGUGAUAAAGGGGUAUGACUUCUCUCUCUCUGUGGUUCCGCUGAGGUCUGUGGAUGAGGGAGAGAAGUCUCUGCCUCGCCUACUCCGGUUGGCUCAGGAUGAGCUCAGGGGCUUUUCCCAGGGCGCCAUAGCAAUUGUCGCUGCCGGGACCAAGCUCCAGGUGCUGAUAGACUGGCUGCUUAGUCGGGGGGAGCGAAUGGCGAAGCAGGUCAGGGAGGUGGCACCAACUCAUCAGGACCACUGUAGGCUGGAGGAGAACCUGAUUGAGACCAUGCAGGAAGUGAGAAGGGUGAGGGAGCUUUCGCUAGGGUACUGCCAGCAGGCUAGAGAGAUCCAAACUGAGGCUGCACAGAUAGCAGGGCUGGCCUGACACAUACAUACAGACACACUCUGGUAACACUGAAUCUAUAAAUGUCACAUUUAAAUCUUAUGGGAAUUCAUUUAGGCUAUUUUUACUAUCAUGUAAAAGCACACUAUGGACCUACACUGUUACACAACACACUAGAUAGUAUUUCAGUAUUAUAUAGUGAGUAUGUCUAUAAAGAUGUUAGAGAAAUUAGCUGUGAUAUAUCCUAAUGUAUUCUGGACAGGAAUUCCUCAUCUAAAUCCUAAUCUAAUCAAACACUGUGUUGAUGAAACCACUGUCAAUGUUAGAUAUCAUGUUAGUGUUUUUUAUAUGUUAAUACUGUAUGUUAUUGUAUUUUAUAACAAAUGAAAACUGCAAACUGUUGUUAGUGUCUUAAGGUUUGAAUGAAUAUGUUUGAGUGACA